AUGGGUUCGCCCCUGAAUUUGAAACGCCGACACUCUGCAGCGGGUGAAGCUACAGAUGAUAGGAUCAGCCGUCUCCCGGACUCUGUUCUUUCUCUUAUUCUCUCGUUCGUUCCUACAACUGAUGCAAUGAGAGCCAGCGUCUUGUCCACCAGGUGGAAGCAUCUCUUUGCUUCCGCCAGUAACCUCCUCUUCGACGAUUCCCUUGUCGUUUUUGACUUCCAUAAACGUGGCGGUAAAAGGCGUAAAACAGAUUUGGUCCUCUUUAAUAGUUUUGUGAGUUUCGUUUACAGAGUCGCAACACUGACGGUUCUAAAAUUGACCAUGAAUGGGGCUGAGCUUAAUGUUCUUGCAAGUGUUCGUUUUUCAAGUAUGAAGAUUCUUCAUCUUCGGAGCAUGGUGUUGGUCGAUGAUGGUUCGGUUAAACGCUUAUUUGCUGGCUGCUCUGUGCUUGAAGAUCUGCUCAUAAAAUUCUGCAAUUUUAACAGAAUGAAAGUCGUUGAUAUUUCAAUACCUACACUUCUAAGGCUGACCAUUGAUGGAAGAACAUCCAAUUACGAAAUACCUCCGUAUGAAAUAGUGUUUGAUUUUCCGCUCCUUGGGUACCUAAACUACGUUGAUUUUGAAGCCAAAGGAUAUGAAUGGAAGAAUCUAGAAAACUCUCUCGUUGAAGCUCAUGUUAACAUUCGCCCGGUAUGUGGAAUGCGGUCUAUAGCAGGUCUGAAAGUUGUCAAUUUUCUUAAAGGCAUCUACAAUGUGAGUAGUCUCCAUUUAAUAAAUGAUUAUCUACUGGUAAGUUUCCUUCAUUUCCUUUUUGUGUCUGUAAAUUCUUAA